UAGUAAGAGCCAGUGAGGCAUCUGUAUUAUACCGGAGACUCAUUUAAAGAGAGCUUUGCUUGGUCCACAUAGAAACUGAGGCACACAAGUCAUACUAGGUCAACUCAUCCGAAGACUGAAGCCAUCUCUGAGAGUAAGAAAUGGACUGUCACAAUGAGGAGUGCAGCCGGCCCCAGGAGGAGGAGGACAUCAUGGACAUCCCCCUGGAUGACCCGGAGGCCAACAGGGCUGCUGCCAAGAUCCAAGCUGGGUUCCGUGGUCACAUGACCCGCAAGAAGAUGAAGCCGGAGGACAAAGCAGAGGGGGAGGAGAGACAGGAAGAUCGGGGGCAGUAGAGAGAGACGACACAUCUGUGCCAGAACAGUGACGCCCCUGUCCUGACCUGGAUGAACAGAAAGACGGGAAGCAAGGUAGUGAGAGAUGGCUGGCAUACGCUGGCUAGGCUGGCUUUCAGGCACGCCUUUUUACCCCAGGAGUCAUUUUCUUUUUUCACACAAAUUAGCAGUAGAAAAUGAACAGUUUUUGAGGGUGUGUUAUGUGAAUUUUGUGAACUUUAACACUCCUUCUCUGCUUCUUCAGCAGCCUCAUCAGUACGGAUGUCUUUGACCCAGAAUUUGCAACUCACUGCAUGUACUUGUGAAACUUCUGGUAGUGUGCUAGUUUUUAGAUGAUGAUCUGUGAAUGUGAAAAUGAAUGUCCUCUAAAUGCUAAACAGGGCUUUUUUUGGAUGGAUCAGUUCAUACCGUCUGUGUAUAAACCUUGUAUGCAUCACUUUUGGUGACUAGUGGCUUUAAAUGAUUUGUUAUUUUGCACUGUUUCCUGAUGUGCUUGUAUCUUGACUAUUAUUUAUCUUUUUGACUUGCUUACAAAAUGAUUAAAACAUCAAAAGAGAAGUAGCUAUGAAUGUUCUAUUUAUUUAUUAUCUUUCUGAGCACAUAAAUAAGUUCUCUUCACAUUUUCAAGCAUUUUCUAUAAAUCUGAUCUUCCAGAACAGUAAGCAUGCAGUAAUUACACUUCUUUCCAGAUGCAUUUGGAACAGCUUUACCUUAUAAGACACCGGCUCAAUAUGUUCUGUUGUUGUGUUGGUGGGUUUACUUGUUUGACCUAUGUUAAAAUCAGUUGUGUAGAAUGUCAUUGUCAGAGUUUGCAGAGCCUUCAUGCUUUAAAACUAACUGAAUAGUACCUUGCUGAACUUUGGUGUAGAGUCAUGGCAUUACACUAAUAAAUCCACCUUAAAUAUA